AUGCCGAGGAUCGAAUCUGACUCAAAGCGCACGGGGUUGGUGCCGCCGACCGUCGGGAGGAAGCCGAGGAGUGCCAGAACGAUCCAGAGGGCGCCGACGUCCAAGAUCUUCUUCACCGCCUCCUUCCAGCGCGUGCUGCUCGGGCGCACCCUCUCCGUCCCAAAAUGGUUGGUGGCGGUGACGCUCGACUGUCUCCUCUCGGGCCUCGCGACGGUCUACUUUGAGAAGGUGCUCAAGACGACGCCGCUGACGGUGUGGGACCGCAACCUGCAGCUCGCCGCCUACUCGCUCGCAAUCUACCUGCCGUGGGCGCUCUACGACAGCCCGAGUGCACCGUUUGCGGGCUGGUCGGCGAUCACCUGCCUCGUUGCCCUCCUCGGCGCCUUGGGUGGCAUCCUCGUUGCCAUGGUGAUCAAGUACGCCGACGGGCUCGCCAAGAACCUCUCGACCGCCUCCUCCAUCGUGCUAACCACCGCCGCGGGGCACUACGCCUUCAACGGGCCAAUGAAUGGGUCGAUCAUCCUCGGCUCGCUCAUGGUCAUCGUCUCGGGCUACAACUAUCAGACGGUGCGAUGA